AUGCUAGAAAAUUAACAGAUGAUUAUAUUAAAUAAUUCUGUGAAGCAUUUUCAAGAACAAUUUAAAAAAUAAGAGCAUUAGUUUAUUUAGAAAUGGAAUUACUAAUUAAGGAUUCUAGUACCUCAUAUAUGCAUUGUGGACACGAUAAAAAUCUUGAAAUUGAUGACCAAUAAAUUAAAAAAUGAAUCUUUGAAAUAUUUAAUCUAAAUCUAUGAAGAUUAGAAGUAUAUAACAAAAAGUGACUUAUUUAUAAUUCAUUAUAAUAAACAUACAUCAAAUUAACAUAGAUGA